AUGUCGCAAGUCUGUCCCGACUGUGGAUCAUCUGGCACCACCCACUUUAUCGCUCAAGUCGGUCACAAGGUGUGUUCGCAUUGCGGCACAGUCUCAGAUGAUAUUCAUCUCUAUGAGCCCAGCGACGUGCACGAUGUUGCGUAUUCACUUGGUGCUCCGCAGCAAUAUCGAGCCUCAUCUUCCUUGCCUCUGGCACCCAUCCGGCUGUCACGGCGACCGCUCUGGACAAAUGAUCGUGAGCAACAACGUCGCAUCAGUGAGCUCCGGUACAAGCCCGAGGUAGACGCUCGCAUACGAGCAACAAUCGGCCACCUCGGCUAUCCAGGCCUCUUUGAUCAAGUCGACUUCCUCUUUCGGCGUGCCAGGGAUGAGUCUUGGAGGGAACAUCUAGCCGACCAUGACCGCACUCCUCGCAGCAGUAAUGCUGGUUUGCCUUCGCCCUCACUAGCUGCACAUUCCACUCCUAUCCCUCCCCGCGUCAAAUGGGGGAUCAGCUCUCUGCUUCUCGCCACUGCCUGUUGCUAUGUCGUCUUGAGGCGACAAGGUGUUCACAUUGACUUGGGCUCCGUAUCGAGCGCAGCAAAACUACCCUAUCCCAAAGUGCGCUUAGCUUUCAAGCGGCUUCGUCUGCUCGUCAAAGCUGCCGUCCAAAACAUACGACUGGCUGAUCCAGAUGCUUUCGUCCAUCGUGUCGUCGCCUUCUUCUAUUUUCACACUCUCCACAAGAGCUCUUCGACUUUCAGCGCAAGCGUGCUCACGUUUCUGCGGCCAUUCCAAGCUGCUUGCCCUGACGCAGAUACCCUUUUCAGGCACGAUCCAGCUCGCAUCUUUUAUAACACACCCUUCGAGGCUGUCGAGGCCACAGCGUUGGAUCUUUGCGCCUUUUGGUGGCCGAAUCGAGACGGUUCCCGCUCAAUACCUGCACACAUUGCCGCUUUCGCAAUCGUCAUCCUUGCUUUCGAGGCCCAUCGAAAGACUCUGGCUCCUACAUUGGACAUCUUUUGCUACACACAUCCCGCCCUCGAAUUUGACCCCAAUCUCCUGUCGUCUGCAUUCAGUAACAUUUCCAACGCCAACAGCGAUGCCAUGUUCAGCAGAAACGCCACAGCUUGCUACAAAGAGCUGUGUGAAGCACUCAGGCUACAGGCAGCCAAAAUUCCGUGGCUAGCGGAUGUGGCGCCUGUCUCUAAGAAGCGACGCUCGCGGCUUCGCUCCAAUCCACAUAAGCGUGCAGCAAUGUCGGAUCUAGCUCGUCUUGAUGUCAUCAUUCAUACUCUCGACGUGCUUGACCUAUGGCGGUCUGUUUCGUCAAAGCCUUCCGAUGCUCAGCAACCGUUGUCGACACCCUCAAUCUCAAGUAAAGUGGCUCCAGUUUUACCUUCAACAGACUCGGAACAGGAUGAGGCUUGCUCGGACUCUUCUGACGGGGCUUUUUCGGAUCACGGGAUCGAGAUGAACAAUGACGAGUUUGAAUGCUUUCUAUCCGAACCCGCCGCCUCGGCCACACAAACAGACAUGGACGAAGCGACAGAAGAUGCGAAUGACGAACAAGUUUGGCCUCGCAUGCAACAAAAACUCGAAGCUGCCGGAGCUCUCAACAGAGCUACUGCCAGCGACGUUUCCAAGCCUGUGGUCCACCCAAUUGACCUGUUGACCGACGAUCAAGUGGACCAGUUGCUUUUCGACGCCAACGAGCUUGCCUCUCUAUUUCGAACGGAUCCCGUGGAGCGGUCUAUUAUUGAACGAGCCAAGGUGGCUGCUGGAGACUGGCCGGCUCAAUCCGACCAAGAACGUAACGCCGAGUUCGCUGCCAUAGCACGCAGCCUUCAUCAGAAGUCGCCGUCACGGGGCGAACUCGAGUCGCAGCGUAACAAAUCGACUGAGCACGCCAACAGCACCAGACCUGCAGGACUGAACCGAGGCAAGACUCGCAAACAAGCGGACAGUCGGAAGAAGCCAUCAGCAGAGGCUGAAUCAGAGAGCAAGACAAGUUGGCAUUCGUCGUCGACAUCACGAGCUAGAAAACGCAUCAAAAACGUCAUUGUCAGUGUCUCUCUCCGAGAACAGGAGCAAGAAUCGGAUUGGAGCGAUGGUGCGCUCGAGGAAGAGUGUCGGUAG